AGGCGGGGAGGGUGGUGGGCCCCGCUGGGGGUGGGAGGCGCGGCGCGGAGGACGGUAGAGUGUGGCGCAGCUCUGGUGGGGCUUCCCGCUCGCUAUGCGUCGGGCGAGGGUCCACGAAGGUUGCAUGAUGGAAUUUGAAUAUUACCUCAAGAGGUUUUAUGUUUUGGAUUAACUAACUGUGUCCUCUGCUGACUAUUUCUUCGGACUUAUUUUUUGGUGUCCUUUUGAGACAAUAAACUCAAAGGGAUUAUAACAUGGACUACAAGGAAAGCUGCCCAAGUGUCAGCAUUCCCAGUUCUGAUGAACACAGAGAGAAAAAGAAGAGGUUUACUGUUUAUAAAGUUCUGGUCUCAAUGGGCAGGAGUGAGUGGUUUGUCUUCAGGAGAUAUGCAGAGUUUGAUAAGCUUUACAAUACUUUAAAGAAACAGUUUCCUGCUAUGGCCCUGAAGAUUCCUGCCAAGAGAAUAUUUGGUGAUAAUUUUGAUCCAGAUUUUAUUAAACAAAGAAGAGCAGGACUGAAUGAAUUCAUUCAGAACUUAGUUAGGUAUCCAGAACUUUACAACCAUCCAGAUGUCAGAACAUUCCUUCAAAUGGACAGUCCAAAACAUCAGUCAGAUCCAUCUGAAGAUGAGGAUGAAAGAAGUACUCAGAAGCUACACUCUACCUCACAGAACAUCAACCUGGGACCAUCUGGAAAUCCUCAUGCUAAACCAACAGACUUUGAUUUCCUGAAAGUUAUUGGGAAAGGCAGCUUUGGCAAGGUUCUUCUUGCAAAAAGGAAACUGGAUGGAAAAUUUUAUGCUGUCAAAGUGUUACAGAAAAAAAUAGUUCUCAACAGAAAAGAGCAAAAACAUAUCAUGGCUGAACGUAAUGUGCUUUUGAAAAAUGUGAAACAUCCAUUUUUGGUUGGAUUACAUUACUCUUUCCAAACAACUGAAAAGCUUUAUUUUGUUCUGGAUUUUGUUAACGGAGGGGAGCUAUUUUUCCACUUACAAAGAGAACGAUCCUUUCCCGAACACAGAGCUAGGUUUUAUGCUGCUGAAAUUGCCAGUGCAUUGGGUUACUUGCACUCCAUCAAAAUAGUGUACAGAGACUUGAAACCAGAAAAUAUUCUUUUGGAUUCAGUAGGACAUGUUGUCUUAACAGAUUUUGGGCUUUGUAAAGAAGGAAUUGCUAUAUCUGACACGACGACAACAUUUUGUGGGACACCAGAGUACCUUGCUCCUGAAGUAAUCCGAAAACAGCCCUAUGACAAUACUGUAGAUUGGUGGUGCCUCGGUGCUGUUCUCUAUGAAAUGCUGUAUGGAUUGCCUCCUUUUUAUUGCCGAGAUGUUGCUGAAAUGUAUGACAAUAUUCUUCACAAGCCCCUGAGUUUGAGGCCAGGAGUAAGCCUCACAGCCUGGUCCAUUCUGGAAGAACUCCUAGAAAAAGACAGGCAAAAUCGACUUGGUGCCAAAGAAGACUUUCUUGAAAUUCAGAAUCAUCCUUUUUUUGAAUCACUCAGCUGGACUGAUCUUGUGCAAAAGAGGAUUCCACCACCAUUUAAUCCUAAUGUGGCAGGACCAGAUGAUAUCAGGAACUUCGAUGCAGCGUUUACAGAAGAAACAGUUCCAUAUUCUGUGUGUGUGUCUUCUGACUAUUCUAUAGUGAACGCCAGUGUGCUGGAAGCAGAUGAUGCCUUCGUUGGUUUCUCUUACGCACCUCCUUCAGAAGAUUUAUUUUUGUGAACAGUUUGCCAUCCAGAAACCAUUGAGCAUUGAGACUGAAACUCUUCUUUGUGUGACUAUAUUCAAAUAUGUUUAACUAGUGCCUCAUUUUUACAUGUAAUGUUAAAAACUAUGAAAAAUGUAUUUUCUGCUGUAUGCAAGAAAAUAGGGCAUUUCAAAGAGCUAAGUUUCGAAUUAAAAUUUGUAUUAUUGUUUAUUAAGCUUAUUUUUAAACUGAAAUUUUAAAAGCUAUUGUUCUCAGCAUUAACCUAUUUUUAAAAAAACUUUUUGCUAAUGACUGUUUUCCCCACUGAGUUUACACUAACAUCUACCCAAGACAGACUAUUUUUCGACAGCCUGUUUCAGUUUGGUUAACAUACAUUAAUGCCUUUCUCUCUACUUUUGACCUUUGUUCUCAGAUCAGAACUAUGCAAUUGGUAUGUGGUUGUUUAAGUAGAAACCACAUCUUUCCACAAGUCAUUGUUUGACAUAAUCAGUUCUUGGUAGGAUUAAAACGUAAAAGCAUCGUUAACACAUGGGCUGUGAGUUAACACUUUGAGUAAGUGUUCAUUCUGCAGAUCAAAUUAAAAAAUAACAAAGGAGAUCCAUUGCUUUUGAAAUACCAAUUCAAAUUUGUGAAUUAUUUUUUCUCUGGAAGAAAAAUAAAAGCUUAAUAGAAAA